GCCCAUCCGCUUGCUUCACUUGUGGCUGUCUUCGUUGCCGAACUAUUGGCACAGCCUUCACACCCAUUUUGAGCGCGACCCUCCGCCGCUCGGACAAUGCCGCUUUCUUCACUUUCUUCCAUGACCUAUUGACCCUCGCUUGGUCCUCACGUGCAUGCUUCAUCACCUUCUGCCGGCAAUGACGGCAAUGACGUCUCGCAACCAGCGCAAGCGCCGCCUGCCUUUCCUACAUCGGAACUGGCUCAAGGCGACCAACCAUUGGAACUCGAGGAUGGGCGGCAACGUUUCGUCAUUGUGCCGCAAUGGCGGUGAUGGCCACGCCGAUGACGGAUAUCACUCCGAGCGUGCUGCAAAGCGCCGCCGCAUUGACAGCGAUUACGAUGGCUUUCCGCUGUUCGAGAGCUACGGAAACACCCAGCGCGCUCUCCGUAUCGAGGUUCUCAAGAUCAGCCACAAGGAUGCACCCCGUGUGAAGAACGGUAUCCUGAACGGAGUCGUCGCGCCUGACAUCCGCGACAUUGUCCAGGUCAGGGCACGGUGCAAGCUCACCAUCUGCGGCCACAAGGCCGGCGAGCCGGUUGUGCUGCAUGUCGACAGUCAGGUCUGCGACAUACGCAUCUUCAAGAAUCCUCCCGGCUCGCCGCAUAUGGCGCGCUUUUCCUCCCUUCAGCCGUUCCACAUCCCCGAGGAGAAGAUAUUCCUGGAACGCGACGACGAUGCUGUCUUCGGCCUGGUUGAUUGCUAUUCGCUGCUUGUUGAGCUCGAAUCCGCCGGUGAUGCCCACUGGCCGCCCACCGACCUUGUUCCCCUGAGCGACGAGGAAAUGUUCUACUACCGGGGCCUGCCCCCGCGGCAGUGGGUCCUCACUGCCUGUAUCACCGACGUCUUCAGUACGCGCAACCGGAAAUCGGUUUGCUUAAGGGUGAUGAAGCAGCCGCACGCAGCCGAUGUCGCCACCGACUUCCUCAUGGACAUGGAUGUCCGAUGGUUAACCGCCAUUUCCAGACACAGGAAGCAAAGGGAGCAUGUUAAGGACAUCUUGCCCUCCAUUUCAGUGUUUGACCCAAACGAGUCUACCGCACGUCUUGUGCACGGCAACCACAAGUAUACUAACUCCGUCGAUGGUGUACAUGGCACCAACGGACACGAGUCCCAUAUGAAUGGGAUGGUUGGGCAGACGGAGACCACGCUGAAUGGGCAUACCAACGGUUUUACCCCUGAUGCGGUCGAAGAGUUGGCUGAAGGCGAGCUCACCCCUGGCCGCUCGCGGCGAGCAAGGCAGGACAUCAACUACAACGUCAAGCAAAUGUGGAAAAACGCAGUUGGGAGGGAGACUAAGAAGCGGAGGAAGUUUGGCGAUGAGCAGAGCCCACCAUCAGACGAACAGACAAUCACAUACCUGCUGCCACCAGAGCAGGUCCAGACAGACAAGUUCGGGUGUCUGCUAUGCGGUGCGGAAAACGAGAGAUUGAGUCAGUUGCGUGCUCACUACUUGAGCCACCCGGAGUAUGAUUUCCAUUUUGAGUUCAGGCCCAGAGCAGGAUACUGUGUCACUGUAAAGCCAAACGCCAACAGCCGCGGUUCUCCACUUAGGCCGAGAGUGUAUCAGCUCGGCCUGCCAGUGAAGCCCCUCGACCUGGAAAAAUAUGCGAAUGGGGAUGACUCCUGGGUUACUUCGCGUCUCGGUCCAGAGAACGGCCGCGAGCUCUUCCAAGAAGGAACUGCCAAGACAGUUCGCAGUAAACUCGUCACGAGAGGGGCCCGGAAGAAGGUGCUGGUACCAAAGACGAAGCAACCUUUAUUUGACCCCCUGAGCAAGGUCCAGCUCCCGCCGGGCGUUCCUGUCCCGCAGCAUCCAAUUGAUGAUUCCUGGCUCUUGCUAAAGCAUCGAGACAACUUGCAAGACUUCAUUGACCUAAACGCCGAAGAAAAGGAGUAUCUGCAGGAGUGGGACGCCUUCAUCCUCCGGAAGCACAUCUCCUCGGAGCAACAUCUGCCCCGCAAUUUCCUCCGUUUUGUGAGGGAAAAGGCGUCUUGGAUCGUGGCUAAACAAUCCAGGGCAGACGAGUUCAGCAAGCAUGUUUCAAUACUGCUCGCUCGGGGGGUGCUGCCCGAUACGGCCAUAUUCGAGGCCACGCGGCUUCUCAACGAUGCGAGGAGCCGUCAGGCCGAGUACGGAGCCGAUGAGGGACCGGUCCAGCCUCCUAGGAACAAAGCUACCGGCGGCUGCUGCACGGCCUGCGGGGAGCCAGUGCCCGCGUCAGAGAUGUUGAUCUGCGGGAACAAGCAAUGCAAGGCCCGUCUAUACCACGAGUCUUGUGUAGAGAAGCCAGAGGAAGCGGUCGCGAAAGGGGAGAAUUGGAUGUGUAAGACAUGCUCAUGACGGCACGGCCAGAGACAUAACAUUGAAUAGAG